AUGGUUUAUGCCAAUCCUUUGCUGCCACGACCUUUGUUAGUCGAAAAUCAACUUCCCUUCUUUGUCCUUUGGGAGUUAUUUUGUAUAAUUGAGAGAAGUAUGGCUAAUCCAGAUAUGAACUUCAUGGGAGCAAUUUUUCGUUUGUUGGGAGGUACAGCACCAGGCAAAAUUCGCCCGGUGAACGAUCUGAGGUCCUUGAGUUUAUCAGAUAUCAAGCAUUUACUCGACUUUAUGUAUCACUGCUGCUUUCAUCCUUCAACUUCGGAAGCGGACGCUCGUAAAAAGAACCCCAGAGACGAUAAUUCAACUUCAGAAAUGAAGGACCGUGAACAGAACCCUAGAGGUCAGAAUUGCUUUAGAUCAUAUAUCAAGCAUUUACUCAACUUAAGGUAUCACUGUUGCUGCCAUCCUUCAACUUCACAGAAAAAGAAUGAAUCGAAAUUCAUUCGUUGUGCCACAGAGCUCAAAGAGGCUGGAAUCAAAUUCAAAUUGGUCGAUGGAAAUACCAUGUUCGAUAUAUGGUUUGCAAAUGGGACCCUACAUAUCCCUCAAAUUAGAAUAGGAGACUACACGGAACCUUUCCUCCGAAAUCUCAUUGCGUAUGAGCAGCUGUUCCUAGCGGACACAGAUCUCAAGCUUGCCACCGAUUAUAUGGUUUUUAUGGACAACCUUAUUGACUCUCCAAAAGAUGUGGAAAUACUUUGCCAACAUGGAAUUAUUAAGAACUUGUUAGGUGAUGACAAAGCUGUUGCCACCAUGAUUAAUGGUCUAGGUGUCUUUAUCAUUAUCUCCCCCAGCUUCUAUUACACUGAAGUAUUCAACAAGAUAAACAAGCAUCGCAAGUAA